UUGGAAGGUUGAUUUAAAUUUCUGUGUAAAAUGGCUGGAAAAACCGAUGAAAAUUAUUUCCAUAGAUGGUUGGCUCUUAAAUCAACCAAAGAAAAAAGUGUCGAUCUGCUGAAUGCCUUUGAAAUGUCUGGUUAUCGCUGGUUCUCAACUAUUCGUGGCUACAAACAGGUAAAACCAAUAACAAGGAAACACUACAUUAUUGGAUUGACGAUUGACUUUUUAGGACUGAUAACGGUUUUAAGAGGUUUCCUCAUAAUCUUGAUUCCAAACUCAACAAUUCGUAUUCUGUUGGGUGAUUUAUUUGUUGGUUCACCCGCUGAAGAGAUUCAAGUUUCGCUAAUUACGAUGCUGUUUACACUGUCAAGUGGUUUAAAGUACAACGGAUUUUUAGUCGAACGAAAAGGACCUAUCAGAGUAUAUCAAAUUCUGUACCAUGAAAUUCGAGUCUCCAAAUUUGAUAGGAAACAAUUCAUGUUGACUCGAGAAGAUGAUUCCAGUCUUAGAAAGGGUUGGUACUUGUUUGGACGUUUUUAUUUCAUUGCAACUCCAUUAACCUGUUUAGGUAUCGCAGGUUGGCUGAUAUUUGCCUUCACAGUUAACCCAAUCAAUUACAGUAAUCCAGUCAAUUUGAUUGCCACAAGCUUCUGGACCAUUUUAACAAGUAUCAUUUUCACAUUGGGUGCUUAUUCAACAAUCUGGCUUUAUUGUCACAACACAAUGUUUAUUCCAUUUGUAACCUUAUCAUUGAAUUCAGUUCAAAAGUUGGGCAAGUCAAUCAUGGGGCAUAAAAAAACUGCUCAAGGAGACAUCUUGAAAUACUUUGCUCAACAAAAUCGCAUCUACAAUUUUAUACAUUUGUGUACAACCGACUUGGGUACAAUAAUUUCAUAUGGGGUUCUCAUAGUCUCGGCUACAGCUGAUUUCGCCAUGUUUACCAGUAUUUUCAUCGGAACUGGGAGUGAUCUUUUUGAUUACAUUAUCCUUUCCGUCGGAAUCAUGUCUUUCGGUGCCAUUGUGGGAAUCAAUGUAUUUUCAGCCUUUACUACACACAGAAUAGCGCUGUGUAACUCGGUUAAUUAUCAGUUAGCAAGACGAUGUAAACUCGAUUUACAAUCAAGUAUCAAACUUUUAGCUACUUGUGAACGUAUUAACACAGCUCCAAUCGGCUUCACUCUUAGUGGAAUUGCUAUCAUGGAUUCUGAACAUUUGCUUCUGUAUCUCCUGGAAAAUGCUGGAUUAAUGUUAAUGUUUAUAACAAACUUUAACAAAGCAACUGUAAACUGAAUCUUAAGCAUAAAUUGGCUCAACAUUUGAAUUGACAAUAGGUUAUAAGAUUGAUAGCUAUUGAUUACCAAUAGACAUUAUUAAAUGGUCAAAUCCUAUGGAAAGCACAUAUCUAUUGUAUUUUUGCACCGAUGAUAAAAUUAUGCUCAUUAGGUGACAAUUUCAGUUUCACCAGUGAAUCAAUCAUUUUAAAUUUGCUUUUGAAAUUGGUUAAAAAUGGCUUCUGUUGGUUGCUUCUUGACAAUUAUUCAUCAAAUUCACUUCUGAAUCAACAUGCAUAUUUUCAAAGGCACACAAAAUUUAUCAAUUUCACUAUUUCAAUCUGCACUAUUCCAUGAUCCAUUAAUAAAAUUUUCAAAUCUAUCACAAAA